AUGGUCCUGAAACUGCACGGCUUCACCCUUAGCACCUGCACACGUCGCGUCGCGAUGGUGCUCAAAGAGAAAAAUGUGCCUUACGAGCUCGUCCCCGUCGACCUCUCCAAAGGCGAACACAAGGCUGCCGCGUACACCGCCGUGCAGCCUUUCGGCCAGGUGCCGUACAUCGUCGAAGACGACGGCUUCACCCUCUAUGAGUCUCGCGCCAUCGCCCGCUACGUCGCGGUCAAGUACGCUGCUCAGGGCGAGAAGGUCCUCCCGCCGCUCACCGACGUGCACGCCUUCGCGAAGUUCGAGCAGGCCGCGAGCAUCGAGCUGACGAACUUUGACCCUUUUGCUAGUGGGAUCGCCGCGGAGCGCGUGUUCAAGCCGCGCAGGGGCGGCGUCACUGACGAGAAACUCGUCGCGGGCUACGUCGCGUCGCUCAAGCUCAAGCUCGACGCAUACGACGUCAUCCUUUCCAAGUCGAAGUACCUCGCAGGCGACGAGCUCACGCUCGCGGACCUCUUCCACAUUCCUUACGGCGCUACGCUCAAGCUCGCGGGUGUUGACGUCCUCGAGGACCCGAGCCGGCCGAAUGUCGUUAGGUGGUGGAAGGAAAUUAGUUCCCGCCCGUCCUGGCUCGCCGUCAAGGACGGCGCAUAA